GCUCGUCGCACAACGCUUCACAUUGCCGAGGAGAACACUCCGCUGUUCAUGACUACCCUACACCUCGACAUUCUCCAAGCAGCCACGGCUGCGCAGGCCAACGCAACGAUGCACCUCGUAGCCUACAUCAUCCGUCGUCGUCCCCUCGUCCUAUACGCCAAUCUUCCCCGCUUGACAGAAGCCGUGGUCAAGUCCCUCGACCCUACCUCACCACUCCGGGAGUCUGUGCUGAGCUCAGCAACACUGAUGAUCUCUGAGCUGAUCGGGGCCUACCCAUGUAUUGCCUUCCACAACCGACUGCAGCGCCUCGCCAUUGGCACGCACGAAGGUGCCGUGGUGCUGUACGACCUCAAGACGGCUACUCGUCUUUUUAUCCUCGAAGGUCACCAAAAGAGAGUAGACGCCGUCAGCUUCUCUCCU